CUUGUCGAUGACGUCGCAAAGAGAGGAGGUGCGGGUUUGCCACGUCGGUCUCUGUGCAACGCAUUUACACUGUUGCUCCUGAAGCCCGGGGAUAACUUUUGAAGCGGUUUAUGUGUUGAAACCGGAGAGAAAGCGACCCUCCAGCAUCGCAGUUACCGAGGUAGCGCGUCGCCCCAUCAGUGCAGCCCGGGAUAUUGAAGCUGCAAGGCGGAUAAAAUGCUCGGUGCUGUCUGGACUCGUCAGGCUGGGAGCCGCACGACUGACUGAUGCAUCCUCGCUCACUUCACCCCCCCGUGUGUUGUUGGCCUGACUGUACAUGGUGGCUCGUUGAGGAGAAGCGGAGGAGUGCCAGCGGCUGUUGGUUGGUGGGCGGCGUCCGUGGUUGCCAAGGUAACUGGCGACCAUGCCAGGAGGUCGCAGGGGUCCCAGCAGACAGCAGCUAAGUCGCUCUGCUCUGCCGUCCCUGCAGACUCUGGUCGGAGGCAACAUCAGCAAUGGGACAGGCAUCAGGAACAGGAGCAGUAACGUGGUGGGUCAGUCUGCGCCCCCUAUCUCGGCCCUCAUUAUUCCGGAGCCGGUGCGUCACUCGAGGAUCCCCGAGCUGCCGUUGGACAGCAGCCUGCUGUUUGAGUUCCUGCUCUUCCUGUAUCUGCUGGUGGCCUUGUUUGUCCAGUACAUAAACAUCUACAGGACGGUGUGGUGGUACCCGUACAGCCACCCUGCUGCCUCUACCUCGCUCAAUUUCCAUCUGAUGGACUACCACCUGGCUAUCUUCAUUACAGUCAUGUUGGCCAGGAGGCUUGUGUGGACUAUCGUUUCAGAGGUGUCUCAGAGCAGCGGCGGAUCCCUUCUCCGCUACGUGGUUCUGAUCGCAGCGCGGCUCAGCCUGCUGACGCUCUGCGGCUGGGUGCUCUGCUGGACGCUGGUCAACCUCUGCAAGAACCACUCUGUGCUCAACCUCCUCUUCCUGGGAUACCCAUUUGGUGUGUACGUCCCUCUUUGCUGUUUCCAUCAGGAGGGAGGGAAAAGCCAAACGGCACCAGCUGACAGCGAUUACCCCGCAGACCACCAGCAGACAGAGCUCACAGAGACGCCGUUCUUUCGACCACGUGACUUCCUCUUCCUGUUGCGAGAGAACCUCAGAGAGCAGUUUUCCAGUCCCCCGCACAUGCCUACACACACCUGCCCCCCACACACACACUUGCACACGCCGGAGUUAAUUCGAGCAGAGGUGGAGGAGCUAAAGAGCGACUUCAACCGUAGAAUCAAGGAAGUGCUCUUCAACUCGCUGUUCAGUGCUUACUACGUAGCCUUCCUGCCUCUCUGCUUUGUUAAGAGCACGCAGUACUAUGACAUGCGCUGGUCCUGUGAGCAUCUGAUCAUGGUGUGGAUCAAUGCGUUUGUGAUGCUGAUGAGUCAGUUGCUGCCGCCCAGCUACUGCGACCUGCUGCAUCGCUCGGCCGCUCACCUGGGCCGCUGGCAGAAACUGGAGCACGGCUCGUACAGCAACGCUCCUCAGCAUGUGUGGUCAGAAAGCACCAUUUGGCCUCAGGGGGUGUUAGUACGACACAGUCGAUCGCUGUAUAAGGCAGUUGGACCCUAUAAUGUUGCUCUGCCCUCUGAUGUUUCCCAUGCAAGGUUUUAUUUCCUGUUCCACAAGCCCUUGCGGAUCCUGAACCUGCUGAUCUGGAUCGAGUCCAGUGUGGUUUUGUACCAGUUAUACUCUCUGCUGCGCUCCGAGCGCUGGAACCACACUUUGUCUCUGGGCCUUAUUCUCUUCUGCAACUACUAUGUCCUUUUUAAACUGCUGCGAGAUCGCAUCGUGCUGGGCAAAGCCUACUCCUACCCUGUGUCCUCUAACAGUUUGGGGCUCAAGGUGCAGUGAUCCUCCGCACAGCGAGACCUCACCCACGUAUUCUUGUUGUGGAGGCGAGACGGGUGGGGGUCUGGAAAAAGACCGGAGGGUUGAUCCGCACUCACGCUUGGAGGAUGAGGGACUGACUGUGAACUCGUAACCAUGUUUUGAUACGGUUCUAUUUGUAAUGCAAUGUUUAUAUACCUAUUUAAAAGAAUAUUUUUAUUUUGUAUACUAUUUCGAGUUACGCCGGGCAUUACCACGCUGAUGACAUUAGCAUGUUGUGUUAUGUUGUUGCUAGGCGACAGGGAAGUCAGGGAAUGCCAGGAGGUGACUUUCACCAAAGAUAUUUUAAGUGCAGGUGGCCAAUCACAGAGCAAGCCUGGCCUCUGACAGUCAGUCGAACAGACGAGCCACUCAGAGCAGUGGAAGAUCCUGACUCAUAUCUGUCCAUCAAGUGUGAGGCAACAGCACAGUUAGCGCAAAAAGGCAGAAAUGUAUUAAAUGUCUAGCCUGGUUAAACCGAUAGUAACAGAAUCUGCCUUCCAGCACCUCUAAAACUCACUCAUCAGCACGUAUGUCUCCUUUGUUUAAUAAGAACAAAUAUUUAAGCGUAAAAACAACAGCGCCAGACUAUUUAUUGGCAACCACAGACAUUUGUCUUGUCAUUUUCACACAUUUGAAUGAAUUAAACAAAGGAAAUGUAAUUUGUUUAAUAGUUUGUAACCUUUAGACAGAGCCAGUCUUGCUGUUUCCCACCGUUUCCAGUCUCUGUGCUAAGCUAAGCUAACCUGCUGAAUCAAAGUGUGGCUCCAAACAGCCUCAGUGUGGAUUUGAACCACCAAGUAGAAUAAAACGUUGGUACAACCUUCAGAUGAGUCUAUAGGGAAAACACCUUAGGUACUCUGAUCCACUUCCUCUGCAGAGAUGGCGGUAUUAUUCCUCAAUCACAUUAGGUACUUUGUUUUUCACUCUCAGUAUCUGCUUCUUUCAUUUCAUUGGCUAUCUGGAGGGCAGUUACAGCACCAGUCUUUACAAACGUACACCCGAGUGUCAACCUGUGUGUGGGGGUGGAAAUACUAUUGGCAUCUGUAAAUGAAAAGCACACCCACAUAUCAUUUCAGAAAACAGCUUAACCCUGACUGUUUUUUCUUGUCAUAUAGCCCUGCCUGCUCUGGUUGUUCCUUAAGAAGUGUUAACUUUGCAUGGCUGCUGCUGUACCCAGAAGAGGAUUAAAGUCAACUUGCUGAUGCCUGAUUACCCUUUUGACAUGCUGAAAAGUUCUCAAUGACACAUGUGUUAAAGGUGAUCCAGUCAAUGUUUUCGAUGUGUUGCCUCAAUGCUUAAACCAUAAUGGUAUUAGGACCAUAUCGCAAUAGGGUUUUUGUGGAUUGGAUGUAGAUAAAGGAACAAAUGUGGCUAAUAAUAAAGAUUUCUGUUGGUACGUCCUAGGACCUAACACUUCUCACUGCAAAUAUAUCAUAUUAUCAUUGUGCUCUCAAGGAUUUGACAGCAGAGGGUGUUCUUAUAGUGACCUUUCCAUGGGUGAUGAAGAGAGACUAUGCGUCAUGUCAUUACCAGUUUAUGUAUUCUCAGUUACCGGUAUGGUGUUUGAAACAGGUUAUUGCAUGCUGUUGCCUUUUCUGUUAAGUCACAUUUGGCGAACAUCCUUUUACUCCAAAGUAUGUUUCUCUUUAUGAGCCUCCUCUCAUUCACCGUCUCUAACUCAGUCAAAAACUAAAAGCAGUAGGCUGUUCAGUAUUCAGAUAGAAAUCAACAGAAAAAAGUUUUUUUCCUAUCCUGAGGUUCAAAUCUAAGUAGAAAAUCAAAAGCUCAAUGUUUCCUGUGAGGUCGUGAAUCUCACAUUGACUGUUUCAGUCGAGUUUCAUGUUGAGUGUAAAUGAGAGGGAGGAAACUACUUUUGAGAUGAACCAGUGUGUACUUGUCUGGAUCACCGGUGCUGCUCUGUGUCUCUAUGAAUUUGAAAAUGUCUUUUUCUUAUACACAAAUGCCAUACAUGUGCCCAUUACUAUGCUUAUUCUGCACAUCCAGCCCUUAAAUCCUCUCCUCUGUGUUUCUGCUUUAUUUUGCGGUCAUUUUCCACUUGAAUGUAGCAAAUGUUUCUUGAAUUGGCAGGUAUUAAGGAUAGUAGCACCACCCUCCGAUUGAGCACCAUCACAUCAAUUUCAGUUUUUUAAUGGGUGUACUUAUAUCACCCUUAUCUCAGUAACACAGAGGUUCUUGAAUGUUAUGUCUUUGCUCAAGUUUGACACAUUCUUUGUUUUUUAAGAAACCCAUAACACCACAACUGAAGAAGAGGAACAAGAUUUGGAAAGAUUUUAGGUCCUAUAAGAGCUUGACCACAUUGCCCCAAAGUGUAUUUGGCGUUUCUUCAGCUUAUAAGAAACUUGAAAACAGGUUUUUAUUAAAACUGAAGCUGAUGAUCUUUUUUUCGGCUACGGCUAUGAAAGUUGUCAAAUUUGCAGUUAGUUUCCCAUGUGCCAUAUCCCCGGAUUUAGUUUCAAUCUCCUGGUUGAACCUGUUGUUGAAUGUGUUGCUGCUGGAGAAGUCAUUGGAGCUGGUCCUCAUAUUUCGGCUUUUUACUCUGUCUAGUUUCCCCACAUGAAUUCCGAAAAUGCCUUUUGACAUCCAAAAUAAAACAAAUGUUUAAAAGUAA